UUGAUACAACUGAAGGACGGGGAAUUCGAAAACAUAAAUCAGGAAUCGUUGAUGUGUCUCCGCGUUGGCAGUAUGAGAAAUAUGAUCCAUUUAUCUUAUCUGGUAAUUGUGAUCAAGUUUGUUUUAUUCCUUAUCCGCGGAUACGACAUACAUCAGCCAACGAUUGGUGGGCAUGUACAAAAGUUAUGCCUAGAGGGGUUCGAGAAACCUCCGAGGAUGCUCUUGUUGCAUUACAAGAUGAUACACACAACCAAGUUGUUGCACAGAGCGUGAUGCUGCGCAUUGAGACGUAUGUUGUCGAAGAUGAUUCAGAUUAUGAAUCUACACCAGUUGUUCCUCCUAAUGACGAAUACAUUUCAGAAGAUGAAUUAGAUGUGGCUUGUACUGAUUCGGAUUCGGAAUCUGAUUCAAGUUCUUAGUAAGUUUGUAGUUUAUGAAGUUUUUUAAAAUUGUAAUAUGAAUAAGUAAUCACUUAGUAAUGUGUAAUUUAUGAAGUUUAAAAAAUUUGUAAUAUAAAUAAGUUAAACAAUUAGUAACUUGUAAGUUAUGAAAUUUUUAAAUUUGUAAUAUAUAGUUUAAAUUCUUAAAUUCUUAAAUUCUUAAUUUUUAAUUUUAUUUGAAAUUUUUAAAUUUGUAAUAUAUAGUUUAAAUUCUUAAAUUCUUAAAUUCUUAAUUUUUAUAUGAAAUUUUUAAAUUUAGUUUCUUAUAUUCUUAAAUUCUAAUUAAUAGUUUUAAGAUUUUUUUUAAAAAAUUACAUUCUUGUAAAACCCUAAACCCUAUCUAUACCCUAAACCCAUUUCCCACCACAUAAUUAACCCAAAAAAUUUCCCUCCUAAACCCAAAACCCAAUUGCCUCCAAACCCAAAAUUUUCCCACUUAACUAAAGCCCAAUUUCUAUACUUAACCAAUUUUUUUCCUCUAAACCUAAAAAUUGUCGUGUCUCUCUCUCUCUCUCUGAAACCUUCGCCGUUCUCCCAUUCUCACGAGACUCUCACAGCCUCCUCUCUCUCUCAAACCUUCACCGCCUCUCUCAUUCUUUCUCAUACUCUCUCACAGACUCCUCUCUCUCUCUCUCAACGAUGGCUCCUUCGACUGGAAUCCCCAACGAAUCACGUCGUCGCCCUCGCCCUACCGAAUUACAGCUCCCAGGUAUGCGGCAAGGGAGACCACAAAUGACCUUAUCGGAUCCUUCUGCCAUGGCCCCAUCUUUUUCUCCUCCUGGAGUUGUACCUCCUGGAGCUGUACCUCCUGGAGCUGUUCCUCACGCAUCUGUCGGGUCUUCAAGUGCUGUGCCUGUGGCUCCUGCCCCUUAUGUCAGGAGAAGAGAAGAUGCUCUGCUACGUGCGCCAUCCAGACGUAACCAGCCACACCUCUACCCUGACAAGACCAAUGGAGCUUUGUGGUUUGGUAUUGAUCCUGAAGUCCAUGCUUUUAUCCGAGCAACAUGGCAGGGAAACUACUGGGGGUCGUGGGCAAGCUGGAACUUCGUUCCACCUGAGAAGAAGGAUCAGUGGUGGCAUGCGUUCAUUCAAAACUACUACUGGGAUGACCAAUUCCAUGAUGAAAUCUACUUGAAGUGGAAGAAACAAACUCAGGUUACCGUCUGUGGCCGCAUCAGCCAGAACAGGAGAGAUAAUAGGCAACCUUCUUACAUGUUAGACGCUCACUGGGCAACAAUGGUUGAGAAGUACAACACUGAGCAAGCAAAAAGGAAGAGUGCAAAAGCUGCAAGAUCUCGUAAGUCUGCUCCAGUUGGGAAGAAGAUGCACAAGCACGGUGCAGGCCCACGCUGUUUCCUGAACAUUGCGUAUCAAAUGAUGGUUGAUGAAGGUUUGGAUGAACCACCUUCAUACACAGCCCUUGCAAGGAAGACUCACACGGGUAAAGAUGGUUCCUUCCUAGACGAACGUACUGAGGAACUGGUGAUGGAGGUUGAGGAAGCCGUUGAAGAGAUGUUACAAGAUGGAUCUCCACUUGGAGACAGUCAAACUGACUCCACUGCUGCUUCAAAUGCAAAGCGCUAUCUUCUCAACCAAGAAUACAUCAAGAGAGGAAAGACAAAAAAUGGUACAAUCUACGGCCUUGGCAGUGUUCAGUACAAGAACAGCAGUCCAUCUGUGCCAAUUCCUGUCUCACUGCAGCGCAACCUAGACGUUGAUAUGCGCAUGUCUGGCUUUGAGACCACUAUUUCUGAAGUCAAGGAAGACAUUGCUGGAGUCAAGGAAGAUUUCAGUGCUUUGAAGGCAGAAAUCAAUGCUUUCAAGACUCAAGUAACAGGGGGGAUGUCAACUAGCCAAGCAACUCUCAACAUUAUUCUGCAAACUCUCCAAUCUCAAGCUUCCACUCCUGCCUCAACUGCACAACCAUCUCAGCCUCAAGCUCAGUCACAACCUCAAGGUCAGCCCCAAGCUCCAAUUCAAUCUCAACAUCAGCCACAAGCUCAAGGUCAGUCUAUGGCUCUACCACAACAUCUCACGAUCAAUAACCCAUCUGAGUUAGAUAGGUGGUGCCAAGACCUUGGUAUGUAAGGUUUGGUCAGUUGAUAUAUUAAGCUUCAAUCUUUUGUGUACUUUGUUUCAAGUUGUAUUAUCUUUUGAAUGUUUAAAACUGCAACUUUUAUGUAAUAUAUUUUAGUUUCUAUGAUAUUUUAGCUUUUAA